UUGAACGUAAGUAGUCAAUGACAAUAAGGCAUAAUACAUGUAAGUGUGGAAGUGCGCGAUUUGAGACACAGCUAUCGAAAACCGCCCGUAUGGGCUACGCCGUUUAUCAAAUCGCGCGCAUCCCGAGCACCAGGCGGGACUUCCGUUGACUUCCUUGCGGAUGGGACUUUACAGUGAGCAGUCAGAAAGGGCUUGGUCCGGGUCUGGUCAGGGUGUUACCGGUGUGUGAGUCAGUGCGGCCCCCGGACAGCAGACAAACCGAGCGGGACACGCUGUAGCCCGAAGCACCGUAGAUGAACGUCGUCCUCGGCUAUGCUGUCCUGAGAGCGCCGCCGGUACCCGCCCUGCCAUCAUGUCUGAUGUCAACAAGACUCUACAGAAAUGGCACGCCAGUUUCAGAAAAGGCACAGACUUUGACUCUUGGGGACAAUUAGUGGAGGCUAUAGACGAGUACCAGAUCCUUGCCCGGCAACUGCAAAAAGAAGUUCAGUCAACAAACUCCUCAGACUUCACUGAAGACCAAAAGAAAACCUUAGGGAAGAUUGCAACAUGCCUGGAGAUGAGAAGUGCCAGUUUGCAGUGCACACAGGCAACAGAAGAGUUCAAGUUGGAAGACCUGAAGAAACUGGAGAGCAUUAUCAAAAACUUGCUGACGUUCAACAAAGAAUUUCCCUUCGACGUCCAACCAGUGCCCUUAAGAAGAAUCCUCGCUCCUGGUGAAGAGGAGAACCUGGAGCUGGAGGAGGAAGAUGCCGCAGCUCUUGCGGGUUCCACUGCAGCUUUUCCUCCAAGAGCUCCCGGUACCUUGUUGCCACGGUUACCCUCCGAGCCUGGGAUGACGCUCCUGACAAUAAGAAUAGACAAAAUUGGUCUGAAAGAUGCUGGGCAGUGCAUCGACCCUUACAUGAGCAUUAGUGUUAAAGAUUUGAACGGGGUGGACCUGAACCCAAUGCAGGACACCCCUGUGGCCACCAAGAAGGAGGACAUCUACAUUCAUUUCAGCAUGGAUGUAGAGAUCCAAAGGCAUCUGGAGAAAUUACCUAAAGGAGCAGCCAUUUUCUUUGAAUUCAAGCACUACAAACCCAAAAAGAGGUUUACCAGCACAAAAUGUUUUGCGUUCUUGGAAAUGGACGAGAUCAAGCCUGGACCCAUCGUGAUCGAGCUGUACAAGAAGCCCACAGACUUUAGGAGGAAGAAACUCCAGCUUCUCACAAAGAAACCACUUUAUCUCCAUCUUCACCAAACCUUGCACAAGGACAGCUAAGACAUACAAACUUGAUCACAGAAGUCCAAUACAGCUACCACUGAAUCAGAAUAAUGUUUUUCCACAACUAUAUUAAGAAAGUAAAAGGGAACUGAGCCAAACGUUGGGCCACAAUACAGUAGAUCCCCGCCUAUUCGCAAAUUUCUUUGUUUAUGGUGAUUAAAAUAGAAAGUGGUUUGUGGGGGUUAUCCCCUCUGGGGGAAAACUUCUGCAGCUAUGAAUCCCAGGGGGGCGCUGUCGCACAAGUCAAUUCACUCAACAUGUUCCAGCAGGAAGACACUUUAACAAGAUGCAAUGUGUAACUGCACGUUUAAGUACAAUACGGUAAGACUGUUUAAUGUGUACAAAUCUAUUUCAAAUGUGAUUAAUAACUGAGAGGCAUGUUUUCCAAAACAGGAAUUUUUUGUGAUUUUUUUUUUUUUUGUUCGGUUUUCCACCACUCACUGGGUGUCUUGGAACGUAACCACCACAAUAGCGAGGAUCUCCUGUAUGUGUCUUUCCUGCAAAUGAGGCGCUUACAUCCCCCCUUAGGCUUGCUGUAAAAACAGUGUUAUGGUCAUUUAGAGGACAUGUUUCAUGCUGCAACACUUAUUUACACUAACCAGUUCAUUGACAGUCUUCCUUCAAGCGUAGCACCAGGUGCUCACCUACAAUAUCUCUUGUUUGCGCUGUUGGACUUUGAAACAGAAAUCUGCAAAACAUUACAAAAGGCUGCCAAAAAAAGUGGACUUGUGUGGGAUUCAGCACAGCAUGGUCAUGGAAUCAAAAGGCAGACCUGUCCUGAGGCCAGUUGUAGGUGCUAAAUUACCAGAUUGGAAUUUAGUAUUCUGUACAAUGCUGAAGGUAAAUAAGUAUUAAAGCUAAAAGGCAACUUUGAGAAUAUCCACCAAGUGUGACGCAAGUGUCAGCAUUAACUCUAAAUAUAUUUAACUUCCUGGUUUCAAGCUCUGCUUGCCCACCCACCAAUUCUCAUAAUGAUUAAAUAUCAUUAAUAAAUUAAAAUCAAAUUGUAUUUUACUGUUCCUGGUUCCAACUCCGCCCCCUUCUCCCCCAGGUUUCAUAAUCAUCAGCCCUGUAAUUUUGGUAAAAUUCAGCCUAAAAAGUAAACUUCCCCUCCCCCAACUGUUAAAUAUUUAUCAUUUAAUUUUGAUAUUUUCUGGUUCAAGCUCUGCCCCUUCACCAGAUAAAAAUAUAUAUUACUAAGAAUAGUAUAUACAUUUAAAAAUAUUUAAUGCUUCUUGGUUCAAACAUUGGCUGAGCAACAAAUAUUAAAUAUCUUAAGCAUAUAUCAAAUAUGAUAAAACCCCUGGUAAUUAAAAGCUAAUUUGAUUUAUUUAAACUCUGCUUUAAUUGCCCAGUUUAUAUAAAAUACACAAAUUAAACACAAAAAAGCCCUAACCCUUCAUCACAUUUUAUUUAAUUAAAAUUACUACUUAAUUACUAAUUUAAAAAAAAAUACAGCAUAUAUAAAAUAGUAAUAAAACAUGCUUUGCCCCUUCACCAAUUUUUAUAAAUCAAAAAAAGUAAAAUACAGUAAUUAAAAAAAAUUGUUAUUGAAAUAAAUUUAGCCUGUGCACAAAGUUUCAUACAGUUAGGUCCAGAUGUAUUUGGACAAUGACAAAUUUUUGUCUUAAUAUGCCACUAGUGUUUCUUUGUGACAGCGGAUAACAUCUAAGAACAUUCUAUGAAAUUAAACAUUUAGUUACACCUGUAGUGUGUUUUUACUUGUGUUUGCUCAACAUGGACACCACGAUGGAUUCCAGCAGCGGCACUUAAAUUGGUUCAGUUAUUAUGUCUUUAUAUUACCUUUAUUUUCUACUUGUCAUGUGGCAUUUGUAGAGUAUUGAUAACAAACCUAAUUUCAAUGUCACAUCAUUAGGCAUAAAUGUGUUUCUCACAAAAUGCAGCAAUGAGUCAACAAAAUGCAAUGUGGUUUGCAUGUUAUAUAUUUAACCCGGAUGUUAACCCCAGAAUUUUUUUUUUUUUUUUUUUAAAGGAAUGUAUGUCUGAAUUAUGGUCUUGUGUGGUGUGUAAGAAGUGUUCAUUUUUAUUGCAAUACUUGAUUUUAGAUUUUAUUUUUGUAAUGUUACAAUGUCCAGGACUGUAAAUGACUUGUAAGAUACGCUAACAGAUGAAGAUGCAGUAACUGAAUGUGUGACGUGUGAUGGUAUGCUUGGACUGACAAGACUGACGGAAUUUUAUCAAACAUUCAUUUCUAAUAAACAGAAAAGGCAUUUUAGGUAAUGUGCAUUGGCUUACUUUGUUCACUUUUUCAGCUGGCAGCACUCAUACACCCUCUGCCCCAUGCUUGACU